AUGCCUCCAAAACCAACACCACUGUUCAAACAAACCAAGAUUGAAUCAAAGCCUGCCGAUGCUUUGAAACAAGAACACGAUGCCCGGGCAAUGCCUCCGCCACCCAACCCGCCAAAAGGCAUCCUGGUUCCUGAAGUUGAGGCACUCAGUUCAACCCUAAGAAAUAUCGCCGUAAAGACUGGUCAAGUAUACGCAUUCUUCGCGGACUCAAGGAGAUUAGGUAUUCAGCAUGUUGCGCCGGUACCUCCACAAAGCCUCACUGAAUCGUUGGGACGUGAGGUGGAAAAAUAUGAUCAACUAUGUGAUGCGGUGGAGUCUAGACUGCUUCGAGCCAUCUCUGUUCUUCAACGCGACAUUGCGCGACGGAAACGACGUCAAGAAGAAGAGGAGGCGGCAGCGGCAGCGGCAGCAACAAAGGACGUGAAGAUGGAAGAUGGCUCUCAUUCCGCCCCACUCUCUCCAGCGACAAGUACACUCCCUGCGGUUGAAUCUACAACAUUGGAAAGUUCGCCUCCACCAACCGAUCCAUCACAAUCACCGCCGUUGUCCGGUUCCCUGCUUGGGCGGCGGCCAUCCGCAAUCUCGAUAUCAUCGUUACAACGCCCCGCACUCCCACUCAAACUAGACCUAUCCUCCGCUGCCCUUCGUAUUUCUCCUGAAGAAGCCUCCCUUUUCUCUCAAGGGCUUUCCUCGCCUGUGACUCUCGCGCCGAAAUCCGCUCGCCCGUAUGGCCCGAACGAGUUGCCCCCAGAGCUGAUGGCCGUUUUAACGUCUAAUGCUGACGCUGGCCCUUCCUCACGAGUCGAAAUCGAUUUGACUGGGCCAGAUACAGUGCCAGAUGUUGAUAUGUCGGCAAUUGGAAACAGUGCCGACAAACCCAUCGACUUAGACGCAAUGGAACUUGACAUGGCCACGAUGACCGAGCUAUUCGGCGAUGAAACGAGUUCAACUGGAGGCGGAAGCGCAGUUGACGGACUAUUCACUCCCGUCAUUCCCGGACCGGAAGUGCAUUUAGAUGUCAAGAUCAAGCAUGAAGACGUUGAAGAGAGUUUCCUCAGUGCAUUGAGCAGCAACCCACACGAAGAUAUCUUUACCUCGCUUCCAAGUGAUUCGCAGGCCAGUGUGGCUCUUCCUGACCCAUCUGUGUCUGCGCCUUUGGAUCUUGCGAGUUUUUCGCAAAUGAACGAGAGCGCAGUUGGAGCCGGCACUGGUCCAGAAGGUUCUUCCUCAUACGACCUUGGACUAGAUCUCUCGUUCUUGGCGGAAGGGCACAACACAGAGAUAAGCUUUGACAUGGAGGCUUUGUUGGGUAAUAUGGGUGACGGCAGUGCUGGCAGUACAGCGGAGACCAAGAUGGAAGAACCUUAA